AUGUCGAGCAACUUCCUUUUGCAUAUUUCCUUGCGUGGAUCAUGUGCCAGAAUGAUGAUGUCGGAUUCACACUUGAUCUCCAGACUUCAGGACUGGACAGAUUUUUACAGUUUUGUCGUGAUACUCUUUCUGUUUCACUUUCCCUUUUACCUUGACCUUGCGUGCUCCUUUAGGUGCCAACAAGAUUUCGUACACUGGAAGUACAGCCUAUGGACAAAAGCAAUUGAGAUAAAAACUGUUUUACGGGAGAAACUAAAGACCCUUACAGAUAGUGAGUAUGUCAGCACUGUGAAGAAAAAGCUGGAUGCAAUUAAAAAGAAAAGAAGAAAUAUUCAAAGGACGAAGCAAGAGUGGUGUUUAGAAAAACUGGAACAAAAGGCAAGGAUGGCAGAAAAGGAAGCGAAGAUUGAAAAAUGGAGAAUGAAUUGUAUCCGAGAAGUUGAAGAGAAGAAAAGGGAGCGUGAACUAAAAGCUGCAGCCGACAGUGUCUUGUCAGAAUUGCGGGAAAAAAAAGCAGAUGCAAAGAGAUUAGCGGAUAUCCUCUGGGCUCUCAAGAAGUUACGGAAAUUGAAGAAGGAAGCUGCAGCUAGAAAAGGUGUUCAUCCUCUUGCUUCUGCUGAUGAAAAUUUUGAGCAUCAUAUUGAAAGGCUUAGAAAAUUAAUUAAAAAAUGUAGUGAUCUCUACGAUGCAGAAGAAAGAGCCUUGAGAGUUAUGCUGGAAGGGGAACAAGAAGAAGAAAGCAAAAGAGAAAAUGAGAAAAAAAUGAAGAAAGAGAGGGAGAAGUUAGAAAAACAGCAACGUGAAGUUGAAUCAAUGCUAUUUGGAGAACCAGAUUUGCCUGUAGACCACCCACUACAACCGUUUCGUCAAUAUUACUUGCAAGCUGAACAUUCUUCUCAUGCACUUAUUCAAAUCAGGCAAGAAUGAGAUCGAUACCUUGUCCCAGGAGAUCAUCCUGAAGGUAGCAGUAUUCCGCAAGGUUGGGUCUUUCCAUGUCCACCUUCAUCAGACGUAUGGCGAACUGCACUCAAACAGAACGAAAGUUGAUGUCCUUCUCUUUAGCUUAAGAUUUUUUUUGGUUAAAGAUGAGCAUCUGUUUUAUAAUAAAUAAAUGUG